UAAUUUUUUUUCGAUGUAAUGACAACCUAUUGUUAAUAAUUGAUAUAAAUAAUUUACAAACUUCGUUGGGAGAUCAGUGAUACCUGGAAACCCUGAAAAAUCAGUGAUACUUGAACUAAAGAAAAAUCAUGAAAUUCGUAGCAUCAAUCGCGUUGGCCAUACUUGCCUUAUUGCUUGCCGUUGCCAUUGGGGAAGCUCGAACAUGUCAGAGGCCCUGUACUCGAGAAUAUAGGCCGGUGUGCGGCACCCUUAAGGGGCGUGGUGGGGUCAUAGCCCGUUGUACAUUUGGUAAUCUGUGCACCUACGAAGUGAAUAAGUGCUUGAGUCGUUUGCCUUGGACACACAAAAAGGGAGCAUGUCAAACUCAAACCAACAAUUGCAAAGACAUUGUAAGGCAAUAGUUUAUUUUGGAUACAAUUAUGUGAAUACGUAAAUUUAUCUUUGGUUUGAAAUGUAAAAAUUGGAAAA